AUGACACAUACUUAUCCUAAUUUUAAUCAUUUAUUUAAAAUUCUCAUUAUUGGAGAAUCUGGAGUUGGAAAGACUGCAUUAAUGCAAAGGUUCUGUGAUAAUAUAUUUGAGCCAUGUUAUAUGCCAACAGUUGGAGUUGAUUUUAAACUGAAAUUAAUGAAAUUAAAUAAUGAAAUAAUAAAAAUGCAAUUAUGGGAUACUGCUGGACAAGAAAGAUUUAGAAAUAUAACAUCAAGUUAUUACAGAGGUACUCAAGGAGUUCUUAUAGUCUAUGACGUAACUGAUACAUCUACAUUUGACCAAAUAUCAUCUUGGUUUAAUGAGGUAAUGAGAAAAACUGAACAUAAUCCACCUGUGAUUUAUAUUAUUGGAAAUAAAAUGGAUUUAAAAGAUAGAAUAUGUGUACAACCAGAAUCUAUUGAAAGACUUGUUAAGAAAAUAGGUGGUAUUAAGUACUUCUUUAUUAGUGCAAAAGAUGGUAAUGGGGUUGAAGAUAUAUUCUCACAAUUAGGAUUUGAUAUUCUUCAGAAAAAGGAAUUAAUAGUUACAAAUGAAAAACAAUGUGUUAUUCAACCUUACAAAAAAGAUCAUCAAAAUACAUGCCAAUGUUAA